AUAAUCUAGAAAUCUUGUUAAUCUAUCACUAGAACACCCCUGAAAACCCAAGUCACUUUGAAUGUAGUGGAGGUGCAGCACAUAGGUGUUUCAGGAUAUGGUCCUCAGGUCAGUGCGACAAAUAAGCGAAGCGCUGAGGCCAUGCGGAUGUAGUGUACACCAUAAACAUUUACGCAACCAGCAGUGACACAGUUUUGCCUCUGGUGACUACAGGAGGGCAUGGCGAUGUAGCCGUGCCCUCCUUGUGGCCCUUGGUAGCUUGUGGCGUGGCGCGUAGUGUGGUGGUAUGUGGCAGCCUCCCAGCCCGGCCAUAGACGCACCUUUGUCCCAUGUCGCGACGCAAGGCUCACUUCCACGAACUCCUCACUUCUCGAGAUGCUCAGAACUCCGCCUCGUGCACGCCUCCAGUGGCUCACUAAGCAUCGCCGUGUCUUCCUUUCUGCUCCAUAACACGCUUGUCCGUUUGCAGGUGUUAAGAUGCGCGGCUCUGUGCUGGCAGCGGUGACGGGUGUUGCCCCUCCUUGCUCCUCCUGGCCGUGACGGAAGGUGUUGUGGUGAGUCUCCAGCCAGGCACCCACGCCCCAGACAACGGGAACUGCAGCGAGAGCAUCAAGUUAGUGCCUGUGCUGCGUCUCGUCACUCCCGCCUCCACCACCUCCACCGCCUCUCAGCCCCUGGCCUCAGACACCCUCGCCCUGCCUGUACCUACGACCACCACUCACCCACUCCUCUACCCACAACCCCACAGCACCUUCGCCCCCACACCAACACCCGCUUCACCCACUCCAGCAUCUUCCAAACCGACACUAUGGCCGAAGAAGCAAAACAUAAGCUUCAAUGGAAAACUAAAAGCAACAAAAGUACCACAGGCAACAGAGCAUCCUAAGAUGUACGACAGCCACAAACUUGAAAAACCAGUGGAUAAACUGAAGUUAGACUCAUAUUUCGCAGAAACCACAAGUUUUUCUGUCUCCUCUUCUUCAUCAUCCUUCUCCUCCUCCACAUCAACUCCUGCGCCGUCAGCUCGCGUUACUAUUCCCCUACCUGACUCCCCGCCACGUACCUCCACUCUCCCCCUCCCUUCCCCAACUCUGCCUCUCCCUACUGAUCCUCCUGCCGCCUCCGCCACCACCCCCAUGUCGCUAAACACCCUGCAGCAGAUGGGGGAGCGAAUGAAGCAGCUGGUGGCCAAGCGUCUGCCUCUCGCCAUCACCGCAGGCUGGGCUAAGGACUUCCAGAGACCUUACCUGGAGCGGAUCCGAGCAGUGAAUCACGAAAUUGUGGACAAGGUGCUACAGGCAGACUACGAGACUUCCACCACCUCCAACACCAACACCACCAACACCGACGCCUGUCACCUGUUGGAGAAGCGUCUGGCUCCUCUGUUCCAUCAGCAGACACUCCUCCUCCUCCUCCUACAGGCACUACCGCAGUCCCUGGAGGAGGUGGAGGAGGCCAUAUGGAUCCCAGAGAUCACCGACUACAUCUUCAGGCCGGAGAGGCGGGCCGUGUUUGACGUGUACAGCUGCCAGCAGUGUUACGCCCUUGACGCCACCGGGGUGUGUCGUGAGGUGUUCUUCUGUAAGGAUGGCGAAAAUAUGUUCUCAACAACUCGUCGUCGCCAGUAUGUGUGAUCCACCAUGCCCUCGCCGCCCACUUCCUGCGUCAGAGCGGUGGUGGUAGUGUGCUGAGGGUGGAAGGUGCAGAGAUGGUAAACAGUGCAGGACGAGUGGAUGUACUUAUUUUCAAGUCAUCUGUUCUCCUUUAUUGUAACCAUAACUUGUGAUAUGAGUACAUUAAUAUAAUUUGUAUAGUUUCAUUAUAUUUAAAUUGUGAUUUCAUGAACACACACACACACACACACACACACACACACACACACACACACACACACACACAGGUAGUCACCCAUCCAUGUGUCAACCAGACCCACUGUUGCUUAACCUCGAGGAUCGCAAGAGAAGCAACAUUAUGGUCCCAUUACACACACAAUAAACAAUACUGCCUCAC